UAGUUAUGGAGGUACAACUCAACAAAUAAAGUAGGUACCCAAAAUGAAAUUCUAAAAUGUUAAUAUCCAACUGACAGUCAUUAGCAAAUGUCAAAAGACAAAAGUCAAAAAUAUACAAUGAUCAUGUCAACAAAACAAUAAACUACGUUUCGUAUGUAAUCGAAUUUUCUCUUAUUUUCUUAAUAAAAUAUUGUAUGACCGUGAAGCAAACAAUUUUACAUUUAGGUGCAUUGUGCUGAACCGUUUCGCCAAUAAAAUAAAAUAAUAUAGAAAAAUGGCUUUUGUUUAUCCAGGAGACCCCGAGCUUGAAUCGAAAUCUAAAAAAGCUGCUGAACGGAUUUCGGAGAAUAUGCAUAUAGUUGCCAAUGAGCCUUCACUGGCGCUGUAUAGAUUGCAAGAGCAUGUGAGGAAGGCUUUGCCUCCGAUGGUGGAAAGAAGAGUUGAGGUGACGAAGCUGCAGCAUGAGUUACAAGGCAGGUGCUAUGAUGUGGAGUAUGCUUUGAGUGCAGUAAAAUCAAUGGAUGGUGCCGCAACAAGUUUCAAGAACAUACAAGAGAUGUUGAAGCAAUCAAUAUUUUUAAAACAACAAUUAAAAUAUGAAGAAGCUAGGAGAAAUAAAAAGGACUCUAAUUCUGUUUAUAAACGUCUCUCUGCUCAUAUUGUUCUUGACCUACCAGAUUUGUCCGAGUUCUCUAUGGUUAGGGAAACUACGAAUAGAAUUGAGAAUAUGAUGGCCCAAGCUAGAGGCUCCUCUGCUGAGCUGCAUAGGUCUCACACCACUUUGCACUGAAAGAAAUACUUUUUAUUUGCUGAAUUAUUGAUCUCAUAUUUAUGUGAACACUGGUUUUGCCUUGCCAGACCCUGCUUACUUGCCUAUGUGUUCUAAUUAACAAAGAACUUACAAUCUCAAUGUUUUUAGUCAGUCUAGUUUAGGCAGUCUGUUAACAGACUGCCUAUCCUAAUUGUAGUCAUUUAAGAAAUUAAUUUGCUACACUUCCAAACACUACAUAAAAAUCAAAGCUUUUAAGUAGUUUCUGCUUGCAACUAUGUAGAUUGUGCAAAGUUUAUAUGUUUUAGAAAGCACUCACACAUAGCCAGAAAAUGGAACACUAUACAGGGUGUCCUAAAUAAUGCACCAUACAGUAAGGGGUGAUAGCUGGUUAUAGCGUGAUAUCCUCGAGAAAAUUGUUUUACAAAAACUGACAAAAGAAGUAGUUUUGAGUUUUAUGUUUUAUAAAACAGUUAAGUCAUUAGGUCGAUUUGUUAAGUUGGUAGUUAUUGUUUGCCGAACUUGAUAUGAUGCUAUAAAAAAGUAGGCUAAGGUUUAUAUGCUAGAAAGUAUUAUGUAGGUUUUAGAACAACAAAGGAUUACUAAAAAUCAGUUAUGUAACUCUUUGAAGGUACUCGAUUAGUUUCGAGCAGCAAAAGGGGCUCAUAAUCAUGGAUACACAGCGAAAUUAUUGCUGGCAUUUAUAGCAUCUAGUAACGAGCGUAAAAUCUCUGACAGGGCACGAAGUCCAAUUGAUGUAAAGUCUUUCCUGAGAAAUAAGAGCUUUGCGUAUAAGUUGUCGUGCACGCGCAACUUAAAUAGCUGUGUACCAUCGGCAUGAAACCACUCGAAUACUCUAAAGUCGUCGAACAGUGUAAGUUAACCGUAGGUUCCUACAAAGUCUUUUAAUAAUACAAUUUCAAUUGUUUUUAAGUUUUUCCUAUAAUGGUACGUCCACGUCUGACAUCUCACGAGCAUGGUGAUAUUCCGUAUUCGUGAUGCGUCCGCGAUCCACGAGCGCCGCAUACGCCAGAUGUGGACGCACCAUUAUAGAAAAUACGUGUCCCUUGCACAGAAGUGAAGGUUUUUCUUUACAAAAUAUUAAGUAUUUUGAGCCUACUAACAAUAAUUUGUUCUAACAAUUUUUCAAGUGUUAUUAGGAGCUUAUUUCAUUAAUAUGCUUGCUUAGGUUUUACAUAGGUGGGACUAUGGACUAACAUUAAUAUCGUACCUUAGCAUAAUGUUUUUAUAAUACUUCGCUUUAUCAUGUAAUAAACUUGGCUAAUCUAUGUAGAGUGACCAGCAGGCCAACUGACUUUCAUCUGUAAAUUGUUCUCAUUGGAUUUUCUACUUUAUAUCAAAGUUAUACGGUUGAAAAUCUAAAAGAAAGAGUUUAAAGAAAGGAGUAUGUUAAUGUAUGUACCUUUAAUAAAGUAUGUAUAAUGGUUCUGUUUAGACAAAUAUUAUCCUUACACAAAGGUCGUAAGGUCCAAAUGAAAUCCAGCUCUCUAUAUAAAUAUGUAUCAGUAUAAAUCAGUAUUUAGCCAGGAUCGAUCUGACUGUAUGAACAGCGUUAAAAUAAGUAAGUAUUUCUACAGAACCUUUUGCUAAAAAUAAAAUGUCAUUGCUUGGUGUGAAUAUGUAUGCUAACAUUGUAAAUAUGUAACUUAUCAGUAUUAUUUUGUUAACUUACUAUAAUAUCUAAAUAAAUUAUUAUG